AUGGCUUGUGCCGUAGCGGCUAAUUUUGACACGUCACCGAUUGUUAACGAAGUACUCGGAAAAAGCGCUGAAGUACCACCGGGAACAAAAAAGACAUUCUACGUUAGAGAGAAGCCGAUACUAGUGAUAAAUGAUAACGGAAGUCUGUACGCAGUCACUGGUAUUUGCACUCACUACAAUUCUUCGCUGGAGAAUGGCAUCUACUCUAAAGGUAGAAUUCGUUGUCCACUCCACGGUGCGUGCUUCAACGUAAGAACUGGUGAUAUUGAAGACUAUCCUGGUUUUGACAGCUUGUUUUCCUACGAAGUAAAAGAUAUCAACGGUGACCUCAUUCUGAAUACCACUGAAAAACAGUUGGAGAACACGAGGCGAACUCGGAAGCCCACUGUCACUGCAGUGUCUGAUGAUGUUCCCAUUAUUGUUGUCGGUGGAGGAGUUAGUGCUGCAUCAUUUGUUGAACAUGCCCGCCUCAACGGUUGUUCAACACCUAUCACAAUGAUCACAGACGAUCGCCUACCACCGUACGAUCGAGUUCUCCUUAGUAAGGUAAUCAAAAACUGUGCUAAAAACUAUGGAAUAAAACAAAUCAGGGAUACAGUGGACUUUUUGCAAAUAUCUCAGCAACGUUGUGGAAUUGACGUCGAUGUGGCUCACCGUUUGGUGUAUUUGUCAAGCGGUGAAUCAAUGAAAUACUCUAAGUUGGUGUUGGCCCUUGGAUGUGCAGCAAGAGAACUAACUAUACCUGGCGGAAAUCUGAGGAAUGUCUACACUCUACGAGUCGUUGAUGAAGCUAACGCCAUAGCCGAAGCUUCUAUUGGAAAACAUGUUGUUUGCAUUGGUGGAUCCUUCAUAGGAAUGGAGAUAGCGUCAUCGCUUCUCCUUACAGCGGCUUCUGUCACUGUCGUGUGUGCAACCGAAGAACCGUUGCCGGCCUUCGGCCCAGACAUCGGCAGGGUUAUUAGACAUAAUGUGUAUGGCUUAUUUUAUUACUUAAUAUUGCUUCUAAACUUAACGAAAUUUAAUAUUUUAAUCAAAUCAUUAAAGAUCAAUAUUUGCAAUAUUUGCUGCCAUUCAGGAGUUGAACCACCGACGGAAUGGCUAAAAAACACCUCCAUAGAGAUGGACGAGCGAGGGUUUAUCAAAGUGGAUCGACUUUUUAGGACGACUGCCGACUGGGUUUAUGCCAUCGGUGACGUCGUCAGUGCACCGUUACCCUUAUGGGAUAUCGAUUCCAUCAAUAUUCAGCACUUCCAGACCGCUCAGACACAUGGGCAGCUACUCGGCUACUCGAUUGUCGGCCGACCGUUUCCGCAUCCGGUAGUGCCGUUUUUCUGGACGGUGUUGUUUUUCGAGUUUGGCGUUAGAUUCGCAGGUAUGUUUCAGAUUUUUUUGUUCAGAGCAAGAAAUUAUGAUGGAAGUAGACUUUCCCUAUUAUCAUCCUCGGACAAGGAUGGAUAA